AUGGACCAGAAUGCGCCGCAGGCGCCCGUCGAAGGGUCGCUGAGCUGGCGAUUGAGCUCCCACCCCAUCACGCUGCUCACCUUCCUCGGCUUCCGGAUAUCCAGCGUUCUCGUCUACUUUCUCGGCCUCUGGAUCAUCAAGAGCAUGAUCAUGAUCUUCAUCAUCACCAUCCUCCUCCUCGCCGCCGACUUUUACUACCUCAAGAACAUUGCCGGCCGCCGCCUCGUGGGCCUACGCUGGUGGAACGAGGUCGACCCCCAGUCGGGCGACUCCAAGUGGGUGUUUGAGAGCUCCGAGCCCGGCACCAAGACGAUCAACCCCACCGACAGCCGCUUCUUCUGGCUGGCGCUGUACGUGCAGCCCGUGCUGUGGGUGCUGCUGGCCGUCUUUGCGCUCGUGCGGCUGCAGUUCCUGUGGCUGCCUCUUGUUGUCAUCGCCCUCGUCCUGACAAUCAUGAACACCCUCGCCUUCUCCCGCUGCGACAAGUUCAGCCACGCGUCCAACAUGGCUGGCAGCGCGCUGUACGGUGGCGGCCUGGCGAGUAGUCUGGCCAGCAACAUGGUCGGCCGGUAUUUUAGCCGCGGGUGA